GUUUCUCUCAGCAGGUUUCUCCAGAAGGCUGGCUGGAUGCUAGUUAGUGGAAUUUUGUCAAGUACCAUGGGAAGUUUCCUCGGAAUAUAAUGCCACCAUGGUCUUGACUGGAUGCUCUACUUUCGACCAGUUUCUCGUAAUCCUUCCGAUCUGCAAAGGAAAAUCAACCGCAGCUAAAGUAACCGAUUGUAGACGCUUUAUGCCAAUCGCGAAUAGGGCGGCAUUUCACCCAAACAGACUGUUUACUAGGCUACCUGCUACCGUAGCAGUGGCUACUAUCUGCAGAGUCCGUUGUAUCGUAGUACCCGCUGCAGGAUCAGAUCAGUUCAAAUUUGCUGAGCAAUUUCAAAAAAAACUUCUCUCACAAUUCACAAUUUUGGGGGCUUUCCCUCGAAAUCGGUCAUCCAGCCUUGAUCCGCGGGCCUCUACUGCCUUCAGCACUCCAACCCGUGCAACAGCACGCGUCAGUGCCAGCUCAGACCGAGAUUCGCAGAAAAUAUCUCCUGAGUCCCUUGUGCCUGAACUGGCCGUCAUGGCUGGACGAGGGGAAGCCAUGGAGGAUGGUGAUCUGAGCGCCUUCUGGAAGCGCGCCAAAGAGACGAAGCCUCCAAUUUGCGCCAAGGUGCCCUUUUCCUUCCCCCCAAUGUUUGGGGACACGCGGGAGGACCCCCACCACUGGCUAAGGGACGAGAGGCGCGAGAACCCGGAGGUUUUGGCGCAUUUAGAAGCAGAGAAUGCAUACACUGAUGCGCUGCUGCCGUGCGGUGAAGGCACCGAAAGCACCGCAGCUGAUGGACCGACCACUGAAGGAGAGGAGGGGGAGGGACUGUCCAUGAGAGUGCUGUUGGAAAGGGAGAUGAAAGCACGCGUGAAACAGGAGGACAGGAGCGUCCCUCUGAGAAAGGGUAAUUUCUGGUACUACACCCGAGAGGAAGAAGGUAAACAGUAUCCCAUUCACUGCAGGAGGGCAGCGGCAGGCUCUGCUUCUGCUGCUGCUGCUGCUGCUGCCACAAACAGGGCUACAGCCUCAACAGGAAAAGCAGCAGCUACAGACACGGCUGUAGAUGGGCCUGAGUGCAAAUCCAGGGAUUUUUUUACGGAGAGCAUGGAUGAAAGGGUGACAGAGGAGGUAGUUUUAGACGAGAACAGGGAGGCGGAGGGGCGGAGCUUCUUCCACGUCGACAGCGUUGCUGUGAGCCCCAACCAUGAGUAUGUGGCGUACAGCCUUGAUGUGAGGGGGGAUGAGAGGUAUGUCAUCCAUGUGCGACCUGUCUCCUGCUCCCACUGCAUCGCUUCACCAUCAGCAGCAGAACCAGCAGAAGGAGGAGUAGCAGCAGCCGCAGCAGCAGCGCCGGCAGCAGCAUCACGAUCAGCGGGAGCAAAUGUUGGAGUAGCAGCAGAAACAGCAGCAGCAGCUGUUGAAUAUGUUGCUGCAGAUGCUGAUGCAGAUGGUGAUGCUGAUUUAGCAGCAGAAAGUUUACCUGUGGUUAUGGCUGAAGCAGCAGCCACAACACUAGACACAGAUGUGAUAACAGCGGAGUUUGGAACGAGCGGCGAGGUGUGUUGGGCGGACGACAACCAAACACUGUUUUACGUCGCACAGGACGAGAAAGACCGUGCAUGCAGAGUCAUGCGCCACGUCAUCGGCGCGCCGGUGUCGCAGGACGUGUGCGUCUUUUUCGAAGAGGACGAGGCGUUUGACGUGGGGAUCAACCGCACGUCGUCAGACCGAUUCGUUAUAGUCACGUGUGGGUCGGCCGUGACGUCGUUUCUGCUGGCGAUCGAUGUGGGGAGACCGUUUGACCCUCCGAGGCAACUGGUGCCAAGAGUGCAUAACGUGGAAGUGUACGGCGACCACAGCGCCUCACACUUUUUUCUUCUCCGCCGCUCUGCUGAGCUUUGGAACUCGGAGCUCCUCGCCCUGCCCGUCUCGUCGUCUGAUCACACCCACGGAGCAGGAGAGCAUGGGCAGCCUUCUGUGGUUCUUCCACACGAUCCCAAUGUGAAGCUCCAGUCAGUGACGGCAUUCAAGCGCCACGUGGCCGUUUUUGAGAGGGUGAAGGGCCUCCAACGGAUCAGAUGCAUCCCCUUACGAUCCAACGGCUCUCCUGCAUCUGAAGACGCCAAGCUGGUAGAGUUCAACGAAGCGGCUUUUGAGAUCUCACCCCUCCGAAGCCAGUUUGAGUCGCCCCUCCUCCGCUUCUCCUUCUCCUCCCUCGUCACUCCCACCACUGUGAUGGAACGGGACAUGGACACGGAUAGACAGGCCGCGAGGAAAGUGGACUGGGUCGGCCCGUCCUUCGAUCCGUCGCUCUACUCCUCCCGCCGUCUCUUUGCCACAGCAGCGGACGGCACACAAGUACCCAUCUCUCUGGUCCAUCGCACUGCCACUCCCAGCGACCCUCCUCCUGCUGCUGCCAGCAAUGGCCCUCCUUGGCCUAUGCUGCUGUAUGCUUACGGUGCAUAUGAGGUGCCCACGCGUCUCUCGUUCUCUUCUGACCGCCUGUCCUUGCUGGACCGAGGCGUGGCGGUGGCGAUUGCGCACGUGAGGGGAGGGGGCGACUGGGACUACCAGUGGUACUUGGACGGGAAGCUUCUGAGAAAGCGCAACACGGUGUCGGAUGUGAUUGCGUGUGCUGAGCACCUCAUUAAAGAAGGUCUCACCACUCCAGACCGCUUGGCCCUAGAGGGCAGGUCAGCAGGCGGCAUACCCGUGGGGGCAGCAGUGAACGAACGGCCGGAUCUGUUCCGAUCGGCCGUGGCUGGCGUGCCGUUCGUUGAUGUGCUUUCCACCAUGCUGGACGCCUCUCUGCACCUGACCAUAACCGAAUGGGAGGAGUGGGGUAACCCCAAGGAAGAGCAGUACUAUCGCUACAUAAAGUCUUACUCUCCUGUCGACAAUGUGAAGCGCCAGGCUUACCCCAACGUUCUUGCCACUGCGUCGCUCCAUGACCAGAGAGUGAACUACUGGGAACCAGCCAAGUGGGUGGCGCGGUUGAGAGACGCUAAUAGUAGUGAGGAUUCGGUGGUGCUGCUGCGGUGUGAGAUGGACGCCGGGCACUUCAGCAAGACAGGGCGGUUUGAUCGCCUUGCUGAUGUGGCGCUUCGCUAUGCCUUCAUUCUCUACACGCUUGGCAUGCAAUGAUUGGCUCUCACGUUCUAGAGAAAGGCUCACAAUUCUUUGUUCAAAUUUUCUAGCUUUGGCCCUGUUAUGAUAAUCUCUGGAUAGGAGUUGAGUAAUGCAAUAGUGAGGUCGUUAUUAAAGUGUGUCGAGUACA